AUGUCGGAUAGUGAUGUGAUGGAGAUUGAUGACGGUGUGGAAAAUGCAAAAAUGAUAUUAGACAAUGUUAACACUGAGAUUGCGGCGUAUAUGUUGACUUUGAUGGCUGAAAGAGACAAGUAUUUUAGUAAGUAUUUUUAUCUUUUAUUGUAAUUAACGUUUUUAUGAUCUCUUAGCCAUAAUACAUCAAAGAGAAUAAAGCUAUGCUUUUUUUGUUAUUUUUGUAGAGCUUGUUUUUUUCAUUUUGUCGUUUUUGGCUUUUAUUUAUGUUGAUAUUGUUUUAGACGACAUCUUACAACUUAUUGAUCUGGCCGAGGAACUACGGAAGAAAUGCUUGGCUGCUGAAGAAAAAAGUACAAAAUUAGAGGCAGAAUUAAAGUAAGAUUUAGUUUUUUAUUUUUUUUCAACUUUUAGGACAUUGAGGAAGAACGUUGAAGCAGGUAACAGGAAUUUGGUUACCAAACGGAAGCGUCGCAAGGUUGUAAGUUUAUUUUGGUUUUAAAGGUGUAAGCGAUGUUGCUUUUGUUGUUUUAACAUUAAUUUUUUUAAAUUUAAAGAUAUUUUUUUAGUAUAAUCUUUUAAAGAUAAAUGAUAGCUAAAUUCAGCUAUAAUAUCCAAAAUUUUUAGGAUGCGCCAGACUUUACAUGCAGCGACUUGGACGAGACUUCAGAUAUUACGAUGGACGAUGAAGAAUUUAGUUUUCACAAUGUUAAAGUCGAAAAGAAACCGGAACGUGUGACUUUUGUGAAAUCAGAGCCUCAAACGCAACCUAAACUAUCGAGUUGUUCCACUGCGACAGACCAAUCAAUAGCUUGUGAAUAUAACGUUGUGGCUGAGUAUGUGGAGCAAAAGAAUAAUAAGUUCAAAGGCAAGAAAGUCAGAAGGUCAAAUUCUGUGCCAGGAUAUAUUGAACAUGACAACAACUCGGUAAUUUUUUUUAUUUUUUUAAAGUUUAGACUCAUUUUUUGGUUGAUAUUAUUGACUAUUUGUUAACUAUGUUAUAUACAGGCGUUGCUCACUCCAGUAAAGCCAAAAGCGACAUUGGAGAGACGAACAUCUUUGAAUGUGACCUCAAAGUCAGCUGAAGUUACAUUCGUUGAAGAUUUGGAGGAAUCGGAUGACUUUUUGGGUGGAAAGCAUCACGAUAUGACACAAAGAAGAAACUUUACAAAUUCUUUAUGUGCUGUGUGCAGAAGAAGCAUUAGUUUUGGUGUUAUAGCUUCGAAAUGUCAAGGUAAUGAUAUUGUUUAGACUGAUAUUGAACUUUGUUAGCUUUAUUACGUUUUUGAUAACAUUUUAAUUAGAACUAAUAAUCAGUAAUAAUCUUAAAAUUUCAGUAUGCAAAUUGACGUUUCAUCAGGAUUGUAGUAGGAAGAAUAUUCUACCUUGUAUGCCUCGGAAAGCGCCGAAGAAGCAGCAAAAGUACGCAAAACUAGGAGAAUAUUGUCCGGACAGCCGGCCAAUGGUACCACAAAUUGUUGGAUUCUGUUGUGUUCAUAUUGAACGAAGUGGUACGACAUUACCUAUCUAUCAGAGUCCUGGGUAAGUACUGUUUUAAGCCUUUAAAGAUCAAGGAGUGGUCGUUUUAUAAUUUUUUCGGUAGACAAUAAUCGAAAAUCAUUUUCAGAAACGAAGAAGAAGUUCAACGUCUUUUAACAACCUUCCUUAAGAAGGACAAGCCUCCAAAACUGGUCGAUUAUGGCAUUUUGACAGUUGCCGAAACGGUGAAACGGUUUUUACUGUCACUGAAAGAACCAUUAGUCCCAUUGGGAUAUCAAGAAGAUAUGAAACAAGGCUUGAAGGGUGAUUCGGAAAUGAUUCAACAGAUCGCUACGCUGCCACAGGCUCAUGCAGAUACCUUGGUCUUUCUGUGCAGACAUUUGAAACGGCUUGGCGAUGGGUUUGAAUUUCAGCACAAAAACCUCACUGUUCAAAUGCUCUCCCAAGCCAUGGCUCCAGUCAUCUUCAGAGCCGACGAGUCCAAUAACAUACUGUCGAAUGAGGAUGCAAUCAAGCUGACAACUCAAAUCAUAUCACUGCCUUACGAUGAUCUACAGCAAAUGCUCGGAAAUGAAAGUAGAUUGAAUAGAAUACCGUCGGAUCAUUUGAAGAGAAGAAGAAGAUCGUUCCAGGAGUCGCCAUUACCUCCGCAACCAUCGAAUUCAUCUGGAGGCAGUUGUAGACGACGAUGA